CUCGGUUGCCCCAUCCUUGAAAAACAAAGGGUCAAAUAUGUCAAUCAAGAAUCUUUUUGUAAUGUAGAUUUGUUCACAAAGGCAACAUAUGACAAAUCAGUGUAGUGUAUUAUAUUACUUGUUCAUAUGACCUUAAACCAGGGCUGGUCAGAGACCGAGUUCAAACUGUAGGAAUAUCAAAUUCUUUUUUAGAAUCUUAUCAUGAACCAUAUUGGAUACAUGUCAAGUUGAUUUGCAAACAUAUCCAUGUAAAAUGCACGUGUAUAUUCUUGCUUGUUCACGUCACGACCCCAGGGUGUGUGACAGGACCACAGUAGGGCCCGGUAUUUUAUAUCGAAAUACACGUGAUCUUCAUCUGAAAAGCCAUAAGGGUCAAAUAUGUCAAUCAAGAAUCUUUUUGUAGUGUAGAUUUGUUCACAUCACGUUCUGCCUUGAUAGGGUCGUACUGCUCAGGUCGCUCUGCGUGGCCUAGAUAGAGUCAGGGUCAUACUGCUCAGGUCACUCUGUGUGGCCUAGAUAGGGUCAGGGUCAUACUGCUCAGGUCACUCUGCGUGACCUAGAUAGGGUCAGGGUCAUACUGCUCAGGUCGCUCUGCGUGGCCUAGAUAGGAUCAGGGUCAUACUGCUCAGGUCGCUCUGCGUAGCCUAGAUAGGGUCAGGGUCAUACUGCUCAGGUCGCUCUGCGUGGCCUAGAUAGGGUCAGGGUCAUACUGCUCAGGUCGCUCUGCGUGGCCUAGAUAGGGUCAGGGUCAUACUGCUCAGGUCACUCUGUGUAGCCUUGAUAGGGUCAGGGUCAUACUGCUCAGAUCGCUCUGCGUGGCCUAGAUAGGGUCAGGGUCGUACUGCUCAGGUCACUCUGCGUGGCCUAGAUAGGGUCAGGGUCAUACUGCUCAGGUCGCUCUGUGUGGCUUAGAUAGAGUCAGGGUCAUACUGCUCAGGUUACUCUUCGUGGCCUAGAUAGGGUCAGGGUCAUACUGCUCAGGUCGCUCUGCGUGGCCUAGAUAGUGUCAGGGUCAUACUGCUCAGGUCGCUCUGCGUGGCCUAGAUAGGGUCAGGGUCAUACUGUUCAGGUCACUGUGUGGCCUUGAUAAGGUCACACUGCUCAGGUUGGUUGGUUGUAUAUUGUUUAACGUCCCACUCGAGAAUCUUUCACUUACAUGGAGACGUCACCAUUGCUGGUGAAGGGCUGCAAAUUUAGGUGUAUGCUCGGUAUAGUCAGGUUCCAAAACGUGUUUUGAAAUCAUCGAUUGAUUGUAUAUUGUUUAACGUCCAUGUCGAGAAUUUUUCACUCAUAUGGAGAUGUCACCAUUGCCGGUGAAGGGCUGCAAAAUUUAGGCCUAUGCUCGGCGUUUACGGCCUUUGAGCAGGGAGGGAUCUUUAUCGUGCCACGCUUGCUGUGACACGGGGCCUCGGUUUUUCAUCCAAAGGACCGCCCUAUUUAGUCGCCUCUUACCAUAAGCAAGAGGUACUGAGGAGCUAUUCUAACCCGGAUCUCCACGGGAUUACUGCUCAGGUACAGUAUUCGCAUUACCUCGCGCCCUCUGGUGAGAGGUUGACAGUAUUCUACGUCAGUGUUUAGAUUUUCUGAGGCUUUUUUUCUGGGUCGGUCGAAAGGUGAGAGGGGACAUAAUGUUAACUGAUACGAAAUUUUUAAAAAGAUACCAUAUGUUAUGAAUUGACUCCAUGUCUGAAAGUUUGACUCAUCACAAUAACCACCUGACUCAUAAACCUGGAUUUGUCAUCUUCGCUAGCCAAAGGUUUACGAUCCGCUCCGCUGUAGAGAAGCGGAGCGGAUCGUAAACCCUUGGCUAGCGAAGAUGGGGAUUUGUGUGACCUGACUGAUAUUUUUAUUUGUUUGAAUGACAAUUCUAUGUUUGCAUGUUGACAUGAAUAAGAUACAUCCUGACAUUAAGAUGGAGACUAGAUGAUUUUUCUGGUUCCCAAAUUCAAUAUAAAAUUCCCGGAGACCAGACAAAACAAAUAUCAAAUAUUAAUGUCGGACGUCAAGACAGAAAAAUGUUGCCCCGCAACUUUAGACCGCGUGUGCGGAAUUUGUUUUAAGUAUUUUGGUGCACUUUUAUUCGCCCAUUCAGUUUAAUCCAUCGCUGCAGCUUGUAAACAAAUACACCGAAUCGUCCGUUCACAAAACAUGCGCAUUGUAUUUCACCAAGUUUUAAGAAGAUUUGCUUUCUCAAAUUGCUAUAUCAGGAAAUUGAAUAAUUGCCUCGUACAAAUUUUGAAUCGCUCGAUUCUGAAUUAUAAAAAGGCAUUAAUGCGAACUCCCCAUGACAGAAAUAGUUAAAAAUACCCUCGUUAUUUAUAUUUUGCCGGCUCUGAAAAAAACCCGUUAUGUUUUGGAAGAUACGAUUCCUAACCUGAAAUGCUACACUGUAGAUUAAAAACUGCAAUAUCAAGAUAAAGGCUGUUUUUAUAGUAUUAUCGCGUCGUUUCCAUAAAAAAUGGAGUGUUCGAAUUUCAGAGGAAAGUUGAUUUACUAGUAACCUCACCGUUUAUCAAGUUUUGCCUAUGGAAUAUAGGCAUACCCUCCUCAGCAUAUAAAAAGUACUGUUAAAUGAGGUACAUGUAUUAUUUGUAUUACAGUAUUAAUGAGGGAAGUAAUUAAAAAAAAUUGUCUUAGAUGGAGGGAUUUCUUGUACGAACAAGUGACCGAUACUCAAUGUACAACAGUAGUUGUUAAAAGAACUGUAACAGAAUAAGCUUCCUAUGUGUUGCCUCUGUAUUGUCUUGGUGAGAAAGACCAUUAAACAAGUUAUGUGUUGUGUAACACUAAAAAAUUUCCCAUCUUCAUGAAUUUACCUGUUUUAGCAGCAGAGAUCUAUUUUCUUUCGCAGUCUAAUAAACUCUUAGUGUCUGCAUUUUCCCGGUUUAUUUAAAAUAUAAGUGUAGAUUAUGUAUUACAAGGACAUCGGAUCAAAAGGUGCAAGCGCUGAAUUAUUGCAUCUUGUAUUACUUCGUAUAAUGGCUUGAGAUUCACCAGAGUUUACAGAUAUCUCAAGUUUAAGGACAAGAUGUAAUGGUUCUUGAAUCUUUAAACCAUACCCCUCUCUCCUAAUAAUAAAGCAUGCUGUACAACGACAAGAACAAAUGAAGUCAGCAGAUCUCUCUGCUUAAUAUUGUAUCGAUACACAAAAUUACCGGCACCAGUCAUUAGAAUUAAGAGAGUUCAUGCCUGUUCUGUGUGCCCUACUGUAAGUGAAAAGAGGAAUAUAUGGGGCAGUGUUAACUGGGGCGGAUUGACACAUAAUGGUUUGUAACGUGCGGUCCCUAGUAAAUCAAGUGUCAAGGAAACUGUUAUUAUUUACAAAUCUACGAAAUUUUAUUCCAGAAGAAAUGAUGAAAACCACAAAAUUUGAUCUUUUCCAUUUGCAUUGCUGUAAUUUCCAAAUGAAAUGUAUGAUUUUUCUAUUUGUAUUGAACAAUUUUGUGUUUGUAUUGUAUUUUUUUCCUAUUUGUAUUGUAUAGGUUUCUAUUUGUAGUUUUCCAAUUUUGUUUGUAGUAUUCUGUACUUUGCUAUUGAUUAUUGAUAUGGUAUGAUUAUUUGAUAUUUUUAUCUUUAUGCCAGUCAUUUGACCUGCAGCAAAGGACUCUGUGCAAUAAGUGUGAAAGCGAUAGCCCUAUGCCGGGUCAGGGACUAUGUACAAUAAGUGUAAUUUAGUCAGCAACUCCAGGUAUUGAGGGAAAGCACACUUCAAAUGGGUCAUAGUCCUUUCAUGCUCAUUUCAAUUCUCAAUUAUAUUCCCUACACCCAAAUAUAUUUGUAUUUGCUAGUAUUUUAUGCAGUGCUGUGUGCUGUAUUGACAGAAUAAGAUAUUUGCGGAAUCAUAAUGCGCUAUGUUUUUUGCCGAAUAGUAAAAAUAAAAUUGCGGAAUCGUAAUAUUUCUCUCGCGGAAACGUAAUAUAAAUUUGCGGUAACGUGGUUCGCCGGCCGGGUCAUGGACUCUGCUGUUCAGGAGGGAGUCUAUGGUUUCAAGCUUCCUCUAGACGAUGUUACUGGUGAUAGGUGACGCCGUCUUUCUCUCUACACGACUAUAAUCGUAUUUGAGGAGGGGGUUGUAAUUUACUGUCCCUAUGUUAGGGGGUUCUGGUGCUAAGACCUACUCUAUGGAUCAUAAUUGAAUUAUAAAAAUGUUUUAAUUAAUAUUCUUUAAAAAAUAUUAAAGCAAUACAAGCUGUAACUGACGGUAUUUUUCCCCAACAAUCCAAUUAUGCCCCAAAUAACACCUAUCGGUAUAACUAAUAUAAUCCCCACCAUCUGAAGAAAAAAUCAGCAAAAUAAAUAAAGGAAUAUUGUUUGAGAGCAUACCUAAAAUGAGCGUUUUGUAUAAUCCGCCAUUGCGUCGUAUACACGGACAUGGGAACGAGGAUUGCCGAACAUAAUCGGGUUGUUAAGACCGAGGUCAUGUACAAAGACGGAAACUGGCGCUAGUAACUACACAUGUCGUUUGUUUUAAAAUAUUACAUCGUUUCAUGAAUGGCGAGAAGUACUAUAAGUGUAAGGAAGUAAUAAUUACGCAAAUGUGUCACUCAAAUAUUGAAUUUUCUAUAAGAUUGGCAUGUUAAAUUGUUUACAAAUCCGACAUGUGUUCAGUGCCUCUCUUUCGCUUUUUCCGACCUGGUGACCUCCAAGGUCAAUGCACAUCGGGGAUUAAGAGUAGGAAUUACUGACAGGAUGACAAUGAUUCAUGAACCGACAUUUUCUGCUGAAUUGACGGCUUUAUUGCUUCAGAAUCCCUCUGAUUCUAUGAAGUUAUCAUAUAUAUUCAAUCACAAAUAUGUUUUAAAAAUAUAUGUUCUUUUAUUUUUCAAUUUAUUUGCUGUCCGUCACAGAUUGUAAUUGCUUUAAUAUUGAGUUUAUACUCAAGAAGAUGAAGAAAUUAUAUUUGAUAUAAGCAUAUUUUCUUAUGUUUAUCAAUAGGAUAAACAGUAGAACCUAUACAAAUCUAUAUCAGCCUGGAGAAAUAAUAACAAAACUGUAUAGCAAUCCUAUUUCAAAUAUGUUGUAUUAAAUAUUUUAUGAAUGUAGAAGAAUUUUUUCGUUGUAAUGUGUUGUGACUCAAUAUCAGCUAAGUGUGUAUGAAAACAACGAGCUAUUUGUCUUACCGAGGUAUAGAGAUUGUUUUGCUUCAUCAGCAUUGAUUUAUUGGAUAAUGGCGGGGAGCUGCCUUAGCAGAUAAUUUAAAAAUAUUUUCGUUUUUGCAUCUGCUUCAUAGCCAUCACUCAUCCUCAGGGCAGAUCACUUAGUUACUAAUCAAAAAAUAUAAUAAUAAAAACACAGUACCACAUUGUCAUCUCAAUCCUGGUUAUUUCGUGUACGUAUGACUUUGAGAAAGGUCAACGGCAAAAUAAAAUCGAUCACAUCCUUACAAAUCCAGCGCACGUGCUAGCUAUAUAUAUACUUCUAAUGAAGGUCGAACCGUUCUUGAAGGAAAACGUGGGAAUGGGAAAUUCUUUUAGAACUAAACUUUCUGUUAAUUUUCAAGGAAAUUAUUAUGAACAGUGGAUAAGGAAAAUUUUGUAUAGACAAGGCGUAAAUCAGCCCGCCGUAUUUCAUUCCGUGUAAACGCUUGAGGACUUUCUCAUCGAUCGAACACAUAGACUGCCAAUUUUGUCUUGUUCUAAACUUCUCUGUUACAGAAAAAACUGAUGAAAUGUCAAGAAAAAACAGUCCACGCAAUACCAACGAGUGAGGGAGACUUCCGUAAUAUUACGACGCAUGUGUAAGCAAGUGCUGUCAUGCCUCGAGCUGAAAAAGUUAAAACCUGUCUGAAGAUUGUUCUUCAGUGGAGGACGGUUUUCAUCGUGUUCUUGCUUCCGCUCGUCCUACUUCCGAUAGCGCUAUCUGAAAGUAAGGUUGCACGAGCAGCGUACGGAGUUCUGAUUAUUGCCAUAUUCUGGGUUUUUGAAGUACUGCCAUUAGCAGUUACCUCCUUACUUCCGGUCGUGAUAUUUCCUUUGCUGGGGGUUGCCAAAGUCAGUGUAGUAUGUUCCAGUUACUUCAAGGACACAUUGAUGCUAUUUCUGGGCAGCCUGAUAGUGGCUGUUGCGGUGGAGAAAUGGAAUCUGCAUAAGAGAAUAGCCCUGAGAGCUCUGACGCUUGUCGGCCCAAAUCCAAGAUGGCUCAUGCUGGGGAUUAUGCUGCCUUGCUGGUUCCUAUCGAUGUGGAUGAGCAACACAGCAACCACGGCCAUGAUGGUACCCAUCCUUAGCGCGAUUCUCCAUGUCAUGAAAGAAUCAAUGACCCAAGAACCAGUGGAAGAGACCGAGUUAGUGGAACAAGGAAUUGCCCAAUCCCAACCAAACGGUAAAACUGUGGUGGAGACCUUAGAGGGAGAGGAAGUGACAAUACGAGACCGGGAGAAGGAUGAAGAAAGCAGGGACAGUGAUUUAGAGUCUACAACACCCAAUGAAACAUUCAUCCGCCUCACAAAGACGUUUGCCCUCUGUACAGCAUAUGCCGCCAAUAUUGGAGGCAUGGCCACCUUAACGGGGACUCCGCCCAAUAUCAUCCUUAAAACUAUCGCUGAUGAGGUGUAUGAAAAAACGGAUGGAGACUCCGGAAUUACGUUUGCCAACUGGUUGAUUAUAGGGUUUCCUCUGUCACUUAUAUGUCUCAUCAUAACGUGGCUCUGGCUCCAAGUCUUCUUUGCUGGUAGAAGAUGCUUCCAGAAUGAUUCAGAUUCUUAUGAAAGUGUGAGGUUGUAUUUACGGAGAGCUUAUAAACGACUAGGUCCUAUGACAUUUCAGGAGAAGGUUGUGUUAAUUGUGUUCAUCGUUCUGGCAUUGCUGUGGAUGACGAGGAAACCAGAAGUUGUACCGGGAUGGGGAUCUCUCUUUGAAAAGGGGUACACCGGGGACAGUAUCGCUGCUGUUGCUAUUGCUGCCUUUCUGUUUGCUUUUCCCUCUCAUAUACCAUGUGUACAUAGCGACAUGGGAGUGGAUGAGGAGGAAGGCGCUGGUGACAACGAGAGCAAUUCCUUUAACAAAGAUAGAUGGAAGUUCCAGCCUCUGCUAGAUUGGGAGACUGUGAAUCAGAAGAUACCGUGGGGCGUUCUUCUCCUGAUGGGUGGAGGGUUUGCUGUGGCCGCAGCCUGUGAGUCUUCUGGUUUAUCUGAAUGGGUGAGUUCACAGCUAGCUCUGGUCAUGAAGAGUAUGUCCACUUCUCUAGGAGCACUUCUUCUAUCUCUGAUGGUGGCAGCAGCGACCAAUGUGACGAGCAACUCCGCAACAGCAACCCUCUUUCUUCCAAUUGUUGGCAACCUGGCGAUUGAUUUAGGAAUACAUCCACUUGCCUUCAUGGUUCCUGUGGCCAUUUCGUGUUCUUUUGCAUUCAUGUUACCUGUUGGCACACCACCAAACGCAAUCGUAUUUUCUACAGGGUACCUAAAAGUUAAAGAUAUGGUGAUGGCUGGUUCCUUCGUUAACUUGGUCACAGUUUUGGUCAUGAUUCUGGCAAUGGUACUCUGGAUCACUCCAUUUUAUAAUUUGGAUGAGUUUCCAGCUGGAUUUCUGACGCUGAAGAAUCAGACAGUAACGGCAGUAAACGGAACGAUAUCUCCUUACAACAUCACGUCGUCAUAAUAUUGUUGUAUCCCCACUGUGUUCACGUCUGCUACUGGUGCCGUAGGAUGUGUGGAAAUGUGUUUUCAUUCCGACGUAUUUGGCCAUUAAUUGUUUAUCUUUUAAAUAAUUAAUGUCAUUGUAGUAUAUAACAAAUGAUUAAAAUGGUAACCUAGUUAGUUAAAUUAUAUACUUUUUUUUUUAUUUUUGUUGAUACGCUUUUUGCUUGGGUCUUUCACUAAUUACAUAUCAUCAGAUCGUUAAAUAGAUACAUUUCCUCUCAUGUACAUUAUAGAAGAUAGUCAUGAUUUAUAUUUUAUACAUCAUAUUUUAAGUAGAAUCUCUUCAUAUUCUAUAUUUAUUACUAUAUAUUGGAAUCAAGUUUAUCUUUCGUGAGAAAUAACAUCUGACCAUCUAGAGAAUAUUUUCAUCAUCCAGAAAUCAAUGAAAGGAUAGUACGAGGUCCGGAAAUCAAUGAAAGGAUUGUACGAGGUCCGGAAAUCAAUGAAAGGAUUGUACGAGGUCCGGAAAUCAAUGAAAGGAUUGUAUAAAGUCCAGAAAUCAAUGAAAGGAUUGUAUAAAGUCCGGAAAUCAAUGAAAGGAUUGUAUAAAAGUCCGGAAAUCAAUGAAAGGAUUGUAUAAAGUCCGGAAAUCACUGAAAGGAUUAUAUAAACUCCGGAAAUCAAUGAAAGAAUUGUAUGAAUGCAAACGGGACAUGAGGCUCAUGGAAUAUGUUGAAAUGGAAAAGUGGAGAAGAGCUAGAUAAUUGGAAUAGGACCGGGGUUUAAGGGAUGGAAUCAGAUUAUUUCACUCAUGAUUGUGAUAUUGUUAAUUUAGUUUUGUAAACUUGUAAUUGUAUUUCUGACUAUGAUGUUUGCAUUGAACUUGCCAUGUUUUGUAUAUUUGCUGUGUAGUGCUUUAUAUGGUCAACGUUACUUACAGAGAGCUCGUUAUCGUUUUGUAGAAAAAUGAUUUAUGAAAUGAUACAUAUGUAUUUUUAUAUCAUUAAAUACUGAAAUAGCU